AUGGAAUUAGCAAAGGUUUCAGAAAUGCCUAUCCAACAGCCAGUAAUAUCAAAUCAAAUUGAAAAGGAUGUUCCAGUACCUUCUACCUCAAAUUUAACUUUACCAGAUCUAAUUGUAAUUCAAAGAAGGGUGUUUUCAGAUGAAGAAAAAAAAAUCCUUAAAAA